CACACAGUCAUGUCGGAGUGUGUGUGUGUGUGCAUGCAGGCAUCCUGUUCACACCGCUCUCUCGUAUAGCUGUGACGUUUACUCUCAAAAGCCAAAGUGGAAACAAGAAGCCAUUUCAUGUCCAUGAGGUGCAACUUCAGCUCUAUCUAACAAACACCGGGAGAAAUUCAAAGACAAAUACAGAAACAAAAGAUGUCUCAGAGUUGUGUUCAUCUCGUGUCUUUUGUUCUGGUGGUUGUGCUGUAUAUCUGCAUGGUCACUAGUGUUUCAGCCACAACAAACACAACAGAAGUCAAUGUGACCAGUGUACAGAAUGAGAAGACGACACUGAGCCCAGAUCAUGAUGAUGUUCUGGAGAAAUUUACAAACUCCAUAAACACCUCCAGACAGCAGGACGAGUUCACUGUAAACAUCACCGCGAGCCCUGACACACCAACAGAACCAAAUGUCACAGACAAGUACAGUGAUUCCCAAACAGAAGCUGCCAUCACAGAAUCUAUUCCGAAGGGAACUAAAAUAACAGGAGCUACAAUCACUGAAUCUACCACCAUUGGAUCUACUACUAAAGACUCUGGGGGCGGAGCUAAAGCUGCAGGGAUCUUCUUUCUCAUCUUUAUUAUCAUUGUCAUCGUCAUCCUUGUCAUCAUUCUGUACUUUAUUUGGAAGAAAGGAAAGAGAUACUCCUUUGACCUAAAAUAUGGUGAGCAUGACACUCCGCUUCAGUGCAUUGACACAACAGGAACCUUCGAACAAACAAAAGGAUCUACUAUGAAUCUGGACUACAUUAUGGAGGAGAAUCCGAACAAAACCAGCCAAGUGGCUAACGGAUGUUCUGGAGAGACUCCAGACCAGACGUCGUCUUCUGAGCAGCAGAAUGUCCCAGAGGAUGACAGCUAUACGUCUGAUUUGAGCCUGACUUCACCGGUGAAGAAGGUGGAGUUUAAUCUGGAUCUGGACCUGAUUAGUGCAGACCCUGAAAUGGAGAAACAAACCCCAGAGGAAACUACAGACAACGGCAACGAAAACAACAACAAUGACACGAACACUGGAAACAAUUCUGCAGACCUCUUUACUGAAAUUAACCUGGAUGACGUGCAGUAAAUCCCAGACUCUGUUUCCUGACUUGAGGCCCAACUCCAAAAGCCUGUCCUGUAUUCCUCCAAAAAUAGUUUCAAUGUUAUAAACGCUUAUAAUAAUUGGCAAAUAUAAUAAAUAAUAAGGAAUAAUAAUGAUAAUGAAUUCCUCCCCUGGUGCCUCAGGGUCCUCAGCGACUGCUUAAGGUGAUGAGUCACUCGUGUCACGUGUCGUUUGUCCGAGGUGGACAUGGUGUGGUGUUUACAUCCAUCCAGAGAUUUUAAGUCCUACGAGAAAUGCUAUAAUCUUGUAUAGUCAACAGCGUACGAUUUACUGCACUGGAAUAUAUUUGAAAUAUAUUCUAAUAUUUUGCAGUGAUAAAAGAGUGAAAUUGAAUAUUUUUUGCUUAACAUGUUGUGUUACAUGCUUGGCUUCAUAGGAGCUCUUAGCAGAUUAGCUUUUAGCAGAUUAGCUGUUAUCAGAUUAGCUCUUAGCAGGUUAGCUAUUAGCAGGUUAGCUAUUAGCAGUCAGCCGAUCUAAUAUCAAACGCUUUACGCUUUCUUCAUAAUGUCUCAAAACACAUUUAAUCAGAAGAUAUAUAUAUGGCAGGAUAAGACUUCUUCAAGUCAAGGAAACAUCUGAGGAAUCAUUUGAGCUGAUGGAAUCAUUUGAGCCGAUUUUGGAAUCAUUUGAGCCGAUCUGAGGAAUCAUUUGAGCCGAAGGCAACUGUAAACAACCCUGACAAAAGUAUUCCCUUUUAAAAUCCAACUCAGCGUUAAGUAUUUUUCAGCAGGACCACAGACAGAACGUCGGUGAGAGUUUACAUCAGACACACGAUCUGAUCCUACAGAAGAACUGAAGAAGAACAUGAUCUUUGUUAUAAUGUUAGUGAUGACCUAAUUACUAAAGGACAUUAUUAUUAUUAUUUUUUUUUUGGAGUAUCACAUCCAUUUUCUUUGUUUGCUUGAUAUUAGUUUAUCAUUCUAAAAACUGUAAAUUUACUAAAUUGAAUAAACUGUAAGGUUUUUUAAGCUACGCUAGUUAUCAUAAUAAUGUAUUGUCUGAGCGAGUGUGUAAAUGUGUGUGGGUUUCUAGGAUUACGUUGCUAACGAAGAUGAAUAAAUGAAUACAAAAUAAAUGCAAGUAUUAAAUAGUUUAA